AUGCAUUACUUCUUCCCCUUUGUUAUUUUGUCUUUAAUUUACGGAAAAUGCAAUUCCGUUCAAAUUAUUUGGGACAACAAUGUUGAUUUUGACAGUGUGGAAGUUGAAGAAUUAGGGCGUUCGGAUCAAGUCAGAAUGCCGAAUUGGUUCUUCAUCUAUCCCGGAACUAAGUGGUGCGGAGCCGGGAACAUCGCCGAUGACGAAAACGAUUUUGGUGAAUUCCGAGACACUGAUAAAUGUUGCAGGAACCACGAUUUGUGUCCUGAUAUUAUUGAAGGGUACCAAACUAAGCACAAUCUCACCAAUCCGUCGUUUUUCACCAGAUUAAAUUGUGAGUGUGAUGAAGAGUUCCACCAGUGUCUUAAAUCGGUCAAUAGCCGGGUUUCAACGCAAAUUGGGCAGAUUUAUUUCACGGCUUUGGGCACUCAGUGCUAUCGAGAAGAUUACCCAAUUGUCUCCUGCAAGAAAUAUUCAUACUUACCGAGACGGAAAUGUAAAGAAUACGAAAUGGAUAAAACCAAAGACAAAGUGUAUGAGUGGUUUGAUGUUCCAAACUAUUAAGACAAAGAAAUUGAUUUUUAAGAAAGUUGUGAAAAAUGAAACUGCAAAUAAUUUCCACUUUUAUUAUUUUUAUUUUAAAUAAAAGCUUCCACUUUUAUUCCUCCUUACU